ACACUAUGAAGCCAAAUAGAAGGUUGCGCUCAUGAUAAUAAAUAUUAGAAUAAAAGAAGCGCUUUUAUUUCCCAUAUGACAACAUGUCGGUGGCAUUUUCAUCGGCUCGCCCCAGGAGUAAAGGGGAGGUGACACAGCAAACCAUUCAAAAGAUGCUGGAUGAAAACAACCAUUUAAUACAAUGUAUAAUGGACUACCAAAGCAAAGGGAAGACAGCUGAAUGCACACAGUAUCAGCAAAUACUGCACAGAAAUCUUGUUUACCUGGCCACGAUAGCAGAUUCCAAUCAGAACAUGCAGUCAUUACUACCUGCGCCACCCACAGCUAAUAUGUCUAUGGGUCCUGGAGGGAUGGGUCAGAGUGGAGGACACGCUCCAAGCAACCUAAAUGACAACAUGGCACCAGGACUGCCCCCCACAUCAAUGAUGCAGAGCCAAAUGAGCAAUGGCCCCAGCCAUGCCCCCAUGCAGCAGCAGCAUCAGCAGCAGUCUGGUCAGGUGCAGUCGACUAUUCCCCCUGCAUCGCUCAGCGGCUACAGCAGCCCGACCUCUGCCCCCGGCUACAGCCAUGCUGCACCCUCCUCCCAGAACAGCAUGAUCCAGGGCCCUGUGCCUGGCUAUGGUUCCUCCUCCUCUUCUUCCGCCACAUCCUCCUCUUCCUCCUCCUCCCGCAGCAACCUCAACAUUCAGUCUAACCAAGUCACCAUGAUGCACCAACAGUCUGCCACUCCGCACUAUUCCUCAGCCCAGGCGGGGGGGCAACACUAUCAGGGACAGCAGGCCAUGGGCAUGAUGGGUCAGGGGAGUCAGGGGAACAGUAUGAUGCCUCAGAGACCCAUGGGAUCCUACCGCUCCUCACAGCAAGGUCAUGGAGAGUACUCAUAUCAACAGUCUUCAUACGGUGAUCAAGGCUACGACAGGUCUUUUGAUGACUCAUCACAGCAUUACUAUGAAGGAGGUAACUCUCAGUACAGCCAGCAGCAGGCUCAGUACCAGCAGGGCUCUGGCCAGCAGCAGCCCUUCAGCCAGCAGCAGUACUCGUCUCAACAAGGCUACAGCGGGCAGCCACAGGGAUACGGUCCUGGACAAGGUGGAUCCUCUCAGUAUCCUCAGUAUCAGCAGAGUCAAAGCCAACAGUACGGAUCUUACCGCUCCUCCCAGGGAGGCCCUGGAGCACAGACGCAGAGGCCCUAUGCUUACGAACAGGGUCAGUAUGGAAAUUAUCAGCAAUAAGACACCACAGCGUUUUCCAGUUGGACGAAGUGAAAAUGGGACAUUUUAACCGCGACUGGCUCAGCUGUUGAGAGGAUGAUCUGGCAGCAUUGUGUUUUUUUAAUCUUCUCAUUAACAGUCAUUUUAGCUAAGAACAGAUCAACUAGUCGUUUGAUGCUUUUGUUACUGUUUUGCUCACUACAGGGUUGUUGCCAGUAGCUUGAGGUGUGUAGCACUCUUGAUGGCUGAAAAUUCAAACUGCUUGAAUUGAGCAGUAUCGCCUCGUCGAAUUUUACCUCUGUAUCCCUCUUUUUCUCUUCUGUCUUUGCUUUUCACUCGUCUUAACCUGUCUCCUGCUUUUAAUUUGAACUUUAUUUCACAAGCCACCUUUUUUAUUAUUCCUUUUGGUGCUAAAAGCAGGUCAGUGGAUUUAAAAAGCAAAUAAGAAGGCUUGAAAUGUCCCUUUAUAUUUACCUAAAUGACUUAAAGCAGCUGUUAAAGCAUGCUAUUACAUGUCAUGAUGAGGGAAAUUGAUUUAACAAAGGUGAAAAUGUUUGUCUGAGACCUGACUUGAUCAGGGGGUUUAUUAUUAAUUCAACUGUGAUGUGUUGCUGUGUAUUCAAACAUCAUGUGUUUUCACUGUUCUUAAGUCUUACAGUAGUCAUAGGCACAUCCAGACUUAAAAAGUGUGUAUCAUUGUCCAUGAUAAUCAUGCAUCGUGGUAGUACUGUUGACACUGUGUUUUCAUUGGAGUUAGUCUACACAGACAUUGUUAGUGUGUAAAGAUUAGAAUGGUUCACUAAUCUGAUGCCAUUACAUCUUAAUUUGACAUACAUAUUGCCACUUUGUCAGCACUUUACUUUACAGUGACUGUUUAUGUGUCAUCUCAUAUUUUGUAUUGUAUUGGAUUCAGGCUGUUAAUACAAAUGAUCCUCAAAAAGCCAAAGUAACACAGGAACAGAGCAGCUGUGUGUCCUGCACCUCUACUUCAACUCGUGCAAUACACUAGGUCAGUCAUGUUAAAGUUUGUUCUUAUAAUGAGCGCACAAUGAUUAUCAUUAUUUGUACUUUCUUGACAGACAACAAUGGAAGAAGUUAGGGCUGAUUUGUCUAAUGUUUUAUGGUAGGUUGUAGGUUUUAACUUAUGUCAUAUUUAAGGUAAUUAUUUUCUGUAAAGAUAUGUAACUUAAGGAUAGAUUAUGUGAAGUUUUUCAUUACAAAUGCGAAGUUUACACAUUCUUUUUCAAUGAAAACUUUAACCAUCAUCUUUUGCAUUAGUUGUAGAACAUAAUGUUAAGAAAUAAUUGAAGUGUUAAAAGUGUAGAAAAGGUAUUGAAAGUUAAUUCUUAGAGUUCUUAGUGUACAUGUUGUACACUUGCCUUAUUUUAUCUGUCUAUCUAUCUAUCUAUCUAUCUAUCUAUCUAUCUAUCUAUCUAUCUAUCUAUCUAUCUAUCUAUCUAUCUAUCUAUCUAUCUAUCUAUCUAUCUAUCUAUCUAUCUAUCUAUCUAUCUAUCUAUCUAUCUAUCUAUCUAAUCUUUUGUGUUUAUUUUUACUUAUAAGAACAUAAAAGGUAAGACAACAGCUCUGGCUCAUCGCAAAUCACUGUUUCUAACUGUUAAAUAAGACUUUAAGGUAUCCCCAUGAGAGUCCAUCAUUGCAGUUUAUUCUGAAUUACCUCAGAUUGGUAUAAUAACACAAACAUUUCAGUCAUUUUGCAGGGUAAAUCAAGUAUGACAGAUACCUGGCUGUUAAACAGCUAAAUAACUUUGUGCCGCUCGACAGUGACAAUCACAUCCCUCUCCAUACCACUGCAUUGAUUCAAUUUCAGUGUUUCAUUUUACUGUAAUUUCAACAGGUAAGCAUGAUUUUCCCAGUUCUGUGUAGUGUAUCACCAGAGUUUUGGGCGGUACACCUUGUUUAUGUGUGAGAGAGUGAGUGUUUGUGUAAGAUAACACACGGGAGAGAGACAGAAAGAUUGUGAGUUAGAGAGAGUAAAGUUUCUGUGUAUAUUCAAAAUAUGAAUGUCGUUUACUUAUUCAUUGAAGACUGGCUGAUCUUUUCUGCUGUCUUUUGUUACUGUUUGUGAUAUUAAAAGAAACUAACGACA